AUGCUUUUGAGUGUUUUGAAAUUCAUUGCAAUACGUGGUAAAAACUUUUUUCUUAUUUGUUUGUUUAGUUUCACAGAGUUUUUGGAUCCAUUCCAGAGAAUUAUUCAGCCAGAAGAGAUCUGGCUGUAUAAAAAUCCACUGGUAGAAUCCGACAACAUACCUACUCGUCUCAUGUUUGCCAUUUCAUUCCUGACACCCCUGGCUGUCAUUUUUGUGGUGAAAAUAAUCCGACGCACAGACAAGACUGAAAUUAAAGAAGCUUUGCUAGCUGUGUCCUUGGCUCUUGCUUUAAACGGACUCUGCACAAACACUAUUAAAUUAAUAGUGGGGAGACCACGUCCCGAUUUCUUUUACCGCUGCUUUCCGGAUGGAAUAAUGAACUCUGAAAUGCACUGCACGGGUGAUGCAAACAUUGUGUCAGAAGGAAGGAAAAGCUUUCCCAGCAUCCACUCCUCCUUUGCAUUUUCAGGCCUUGGCUUCACCACUUUCUACUUGGCUGGAAAGCUGCACUGCUUCACUGAAAAAGGUCGUGGAAAAAGCUGGCGUCUCUGUGCCGCAAUUCUACCUCUGUAUUGUGCCAUGAUGAUUGCUCUAUCACGCAUGUGCGAUUACAAGCAUCACUGGCAAGAUGCUUUCGUUGGAGGAAUCAUUGGCCUUGCAUUUGCUUACAUUUGCUACAGACAGCAUUACCCUCCUUUGUGCAACCUGGCUUGUCACAAACCAUAUGUCAGUCUGCUAAUCCAGACAUCAAUGAAGAAAGAAGACACAUCGACCACCGAUAAUGCUACCAGCCUUCCUCUAGAAGGGAUAACAGAAGGUCCAGUAUGA